GCUCGCUCCACCCCCUCCGCCCGCCAUUUCCGUGCUCCUCUUCCUCGGUUCCAGCGCCUGAGUUCGGUCCUCAGGUCGCUUAGUCUUCUCGUGAGAGAGUGAAGAGCACGUGGAAUCGCUGUCUUUUGUGUGUGUGGGGGUGAAUUUAAAACCUAGUGAGAAUGAAAUGAGUCCGGAAGUCCCUGCAGAAUAUCUCAAAAGUACAUAAUCUCCUGCCUUAUCCGUCUUUCCUUUGUUAAGGCUUUUAUUACACAAAGUAGAUUAAUCGCAAUCCUUGGUCAUGAAACAUUGGCAUCAUUGGUCCAUAAAUGACUUUUCAGGUGAUGCGUAUACGUGAGUAACGUAUAAAUGCACGUACAAUGUACGCAUACCUCUCACCUCAUCCGUGUCCCAAAGAUCAGUACCGUCGUAUUCAUCGUUUCCUUCUUCGAACUCUCUUAAACAUAGGCACUCAAAUGAAAGAGACGGGCUGCCUGUUGAGAUCAUUAGGAAAGGAACACGUUUCCAACCCCUUGGAGUGGUAGAGGGCUCAUCUACAGCAAUGUGAUGGUGAAGGUCCGUGAAGCUCAAGUCUACCAUCUUAACGACCAUACCAUGGUGUCAUGUACUUGGGUCCAGAGAUUCUAGAAGUCCUCGGAAACAGAGAACAGCCAUACCCAGUGAAGAAUAUCCGCCCAUCCUGCAGAAAUGGCCGUAUCCAACUAUGCAUUUCAGUUCUGGAGGCCACAAAGUUCAAGAUGGAGAAGCUGCAUUUCUUUGAGAGCCUUUUUGAAGGCAUCACGGGUCAGGGGGCUCAUUCUUUCAUCAGGAACCCACUGCCAAACCUGGUGAACUUUGUGUGCCACACUUGCUUUAAGAGGCAGGAGAAGCUCCAUCGCUGCGGGCAGUGCAAGUUCGCCCACUACUGUGACCGCACCUGCCAGAAGGACGCCUGGCUGAACCACAAGAAUGAGUGCUCCGCUAUCAAGAGAUACGGGAAGGCGCCCAAUGAGAACAUCAGGCUGGCGGCACGUAUCAUGUGGCGGGUGGAGAGAGAGGGCACCGGGCUCACCGAAGGCUGCCUGGUGUCCGUGGAUGAGCUGCAGAAUCACGUGGAGCACUUUGGGGAAGAGGAGCAGCAGGAGCUUCGGGUGGACGUGGAUACGUUCUUGAAGUACUGGCCGCCCCAGAGCCAGCAGUUCAGCGUGCAGUACAUCUCGCACAUCUUCGGAGUGAUUAACUGCAACGGUUUCACGCUCAGUGACCAGAGAGGCCUGCAGGCAGUGGGAGUGGGCAUCUUUCCCAACCUGGGCCUGGUGAACCAUGACUGUUGGCCCAACUGCACAGUCAUAUUCAACAAUGGAAAUCAUGAGGCAGUGAAAUCCAUGUUUCACACCCAGAUGAGGAUUGAGCUCCGGGCCCUGGGUAAGAUCUCCGAAGGAGAGGAGCUGACAGUGUCCUACAUUGACUUCCUCAGUGUCAGUGAAGAACGCAAGAGGCAGCUGAAGAAGCAGUACUACUUUGACUGCACCUGUGAGCACUGCCAGAAAGGGCUGAAGGAUGACCUCUUCCUGGGGGUGAAAGAGGACCCCAAGCCCUCUAAAGAAGUUGUGAAGGAGAUGAUACAAUUCUCGAAGGACACACUGGAAAAAAUAGACAAGGCUCGAUUGGAGGGUUUGUAUCAUGAGGUCGUGAAGCUCUGCCGGGAGUGCCUGGAGAAGCAGGAGCCGGUGUUUGCCGACACCAACCUGUACACGCUGCGGACACUGAGCAUGGUUUCCGAGGUCCUCUCCUACCUCCAGGCCUUUGAGGAGGCUGCACACUAUGCCAGGAGGAUGGUGGAUGGCUACAUGAAGCUCUUCCACCCCAACAAUGCCCAACUGGGCAUGGCCGUGAUGCGGGCAGGCCUGACCAACUGGCACGCUGGGAACAUUGAGGUGGGGCACGGGAUGAUCUGCAAAGCCUAUGCCAUUCUUCUGGUGACACACGGACCCUCCCACCCCAUCACCAAGGACUUAGAGGCCAUGCGGGUACAGACAGAGAUGGAGCUGCGCAUGUUUCGCCAGAAUGAGUUCAUGUACCACAAGAUGCGGGAGGCUGCCCUCAACAACCAGCCCAUGCAGGUCAUGGCCGAGCCCAGCAAUGAGCCAGCUCCAGCUCUGUUCCAUAAGAAGCAGUGAGGACCUGGGAUGGGGAGCAACAUGGCACAGGGAAGAGAGUCUGCAUGGGGUGUGAUUCUCCAGAGAACCUUGAUAAGUAAAGCAGGGUAGUUCACUUUGUGCCCGAAGGGAAUGCACUGCCCUUGAUCCCUAAUGCCAGUUUGGUUCAACUUAUUUUAGUCCAGUUUAACUCUAUCUCAUCCUUUCAGAACUCCUGCUAUAAAUAUUUUAUUCAUUUCUACAUCGUAGCAUCCAAUAAAGGAACACAAAUAUAGUUGGAGGCAAAAUGUAAACAAAGCACAGUGUGAUUCCAAAUGGUGAACUGUAUGGAGAGAGGGGUAGUGCGGAGGAGGGUGUGUGUCUGGUGUGUCUGGUGCAUGUGUUAUGUGUGCUAUGGGGUAGUCACAGAGCGGAUGGCGUGCAAGCUGAGGGUGCUUCUAAGUCCUUGGUGUCUCACUGGCUUCUCAUUUGUCUGUGCAGAUGUUUCUGGGGCUGUUGGUCUCAACCACGGUCUAGAAUUUUAGUAUUUAGAAGACUAGGGUUGAUGAUACCCACUUUCCUCAGGCUGAUGUGGAGUUCUGAGGAAGGGCUGUGCUUGGUCAUUUAGGAUCUACUCAGUGAGGUGAAAACCCUUCAGAAUAGUGCAAUGCAGAAAGAGGUAGUAGUCUUGCUAACCAACAAGAACUCUACUUAACAUCUUGAAGUCACAAAUCCCACCAAGCUUCAUAUUUUUUUUAAAAAUCCCUGCUUAAAAUGUUAGCUUCUCUACUCCACUCUUCAUCCUCAGAAUGAUGCACUGUCUUCCUUUGGCCCCUAUCCAAGUGGCUGAAGACUCUGCAAAUGGGUCAUUUCUUUGCAGAGUACAUACUUGACAUUUGGCUCUUUGUUGAGAUCAUUUUCCUCUCUAAAAGUUUGUAGGCAUUCUGACAGUUCCCUCCUUGGGAAUCUAACAGGUAUAUUGAAAUGAUCAUCUUUGUCCCCUCAUUUAACACCCUUGCCUUUGUCAUCACUGUCUGUUCACACAUUGGUCUUUCUCCCAUAUUCGUAUAAUUUUCCCGAAGCCAUCAUGGAAACUUUGUCUUUGAUGAAUCAUGCUGUGUGCCUAUGCUCCUCCUUCCCCUCUUCCCUCUCAGACCAUGCAACAGGAUUCCUUCUUCCCCCACAAAGCUAAACUCUGUACUUGUGCCUUGGACUCCUUGCUCUCCUAUGUCUUUGAGAGAUUGGUAAUUAUUAUUCUUUAUCCUUCCUGGAUAUUUGACCUUUGUCCACCACCACCGUGCUGUAAUGCAGUAGACAAACGUGCAGAGGACUCUUGGACCAUAAUCUUUAUGGCUGAGUAUUCUUUUGGUAUAGUUAUUGUCGGCAUGUCCUCACUUUCCAUUUCUCUCAGAGUGGUGUCAAUUCCUGCUCCUCCAAUAAAUGGCUCUUGCCAAGAUCAACUGGGUACUUGCUAGUCUUUACAUUAUUUGGCCUCUCUCCAUGAAUAACACUCCCCGACCUUGAUUUCUGUGAACCCAUAUCCUUGGGAUGUCCUCUGAUGUAGUUUCUCAAGCUCCUCCACCUGCCCUGAUGGGUUAGCAUUUCUUGGGGUGGUUCUGAUCUUGAUUCAUUCUCUUUUCACUCUGCAGCACUCCCUGCAUGAGGUGAGGCGGGCCCUUUCUGUAAUGCCCAACUUGAGAUUGAUGACUCUUACAUCUGCACUCCUUGACUUUGCAGUUGAACUUCAGCUCUGCACGCCCUCUUAGAUGUUCUGUAAACACAUCAAACUCCACAUGUCCACAAUGAGACUCUUUUUCUUUCCCCUCUUACUCAACAUGUAUUACCCCAGAACACCACUCAACAAACAUUACCUUCUCCAUCAGAUUGUGAGUUCCUAAAGGCAGGGGAUGUGUUUCUCUAUUCAUCUUUCUAUCCUCAGCACUUAACACAGGUCCUGGGAAAUGGUAGGUGCUCGGUAAAUGUGUGUUGAAUAAAUGAAUGAAUGGCCAAUUGAGAGAAUUUGCUUUACUUGGAGCCAAACAAAUGAAGCUGCCUUUAAGUUUUUAUGUUAAAGCAAUCAAGAAAGCCCAUUAAACCCUCCGUGUUUCCAAGAAAACUCAUAUGACUUCUUUCUUUUUUGCAAUUGUUUUAGAGCUGCACUGUCUCAGAACUUUCUGUGAUGAUGGACAUGCAUUAUAUCUGUGCUGUACAAUAAUGUCAUCACUAACAUAAUGUGAUUACUGAGCAUUUGAAUAUGGCUGAGGAACUGAAUUGUUAUUUUUUUCUAAUUUCAGUUAAUUCAUGUUUAAAUAUCCAAAAUAGGCCAG